AUGGCUUCAAUAUUGCUUGCUCCAUAUCCUCCGCUUAGCGUCAGGGAGCAUGUUCCACCACAGGAAUGGUCUGCUUUCGUUGAUUCGUGGCUUAUCUUGACACGAAGGCUUCUAUCGCUGAGCUACAAAGAUUUCACCAAUUUUGUGCAAGAAGAGUCUAUCUUUCAAUUCUUGAUAUCCUACCCACCACCUGAGCAGCUACUUGAUUUCUCAUUCCUCGCUCGUCUAUCCCUCCUUUACUGCAGAAGUCAUGUAAUGAAUAGAUUGCUUGAAGACGUCUGGAAAAAGCAAGAACUGGCCAGUAGGAAGAACAUCUUUCAGUCUAGGGCCUUAAUCACUUCGCUACUUGAAACUGGAAAAGAGUCUCCGCAGUUGGCCGAAUUGCUUGAAAACACUUUGGCGCUGGUCAAAUCUGUUCGACCAUUUGGUGAAUAUUUAUUGAUCGGAUCAGACCUUGUUGACGCUUUAUCUCAAGCGUAUGAGACUUUCACAUCAGCUGCCUUCCGAAAGAAGCUGGUGGUCUUAAUGUACUGCUUGUUGGCAGAUCUUAUGACUCUGGAGGAAUCUAAAUCUUCUGUUCUUUUCGAUCAUCUUUACAACAUACAAGCAACCACCCUCAUGAAGGAUGUAGUUGGUGAUACCCCUUUCCAGGUGUACUUCAAACGCUAUGUAAACGAAAGGGGUGCUGAGACCCUCCGAGCUCGACCGUUGCUUGACGUGUUUGCAUCAUACAUACCAGCCGUUGGGCACAAGCCUCGCAGACUGAAUAGAAGUAAAAUAGACAAGGGUAAAGAUAGAGUGCUAUCCGCAGACACUGAUCGUCCCGGCAGCCUAGUACAUGCCCACAAGUUGAGCAUAAUCUCUCAAAUACAAGAUCUGUUUCCCGAGCUUGGUUCUGGCUUCAUUGUGAAGCUGCUCGACGAAUACAACAAUGACGUUGAGCAAGUUACGGCUCACCUUCUUGAUGAUAGACUUCCUUCCUACCUUCAAAGCGCAGAUAAGCAAGAGGUGUUUGCCGACAGUUUAUCUCUUCCCACGGACCUCGAAGAAGCACCCCUGUCAAAUCAUGUUUCUACUUCUACGCCACCGUCUCUCCCAUCUCGGCGGAACAUACACGAAGAUGAUGACUUUGACCGGCUUACCAUUGACGCCUCCCAGUUACACCUCGGUCGAAGGAAUGCCGAUCUUACGGCAGAUAAAUUGCUUGAUAUUCGGAAGCCAGCUAGCCAUAAAGCUGCCAUCCUCUCGGCUCUGGCCACGUUUGAUUCGGACGAUGACGAACGAGACGACACUUAUGAUGUAGCUGACGUUGGAGGCACUAUAGAUACGACAUUUACGGAUUCUGAUGCGGACAUUAGACAGGAGACAAAUCAAGCAGUCCUUUUCAAGGCUUACAAGACGCAUCCAACGGCCUUCAAGAGGGACCAGGAGACUAGGCGAAGCAAGACGCGGCUAGCGAUGAAGACUGAGACCGGUAUGACGGACGAAGCUAUCGAAGGCUGGGCUAUCAUGAUGAGCAGAGAUCCUAAGCAAUUGCAACGUUUGGAGAGGAUGCACGAGACAAAUGAAGGCUUCAAGCAGCCCGAAUUAAGUAGCACUUCCUGGAAGGCUCAAUUUAACGAUGAAGAGAUUGAGGAUAGCGAUUUUGCGGAGGGAAUCAGAGGAAACACACCAGUCAGAGCUGAUGGCCAUGACAGCAGUCGUGGAGUGGGACCGAAGGACGCGAACAUGACGGAAGCCACAAGAGGCCCCGUCAGCAAGAUGGCCACGCAGCAGAAGAAUGUCAACAAGGGUUCAAGGGCUAAUCACAACCGAAGGAACCAAAGAGCCAAGAAGCAUGCUCGAGGGGGAGGACUUGCUGGCUGA